UGAAGACAGCCGACACUAGUGUCCUUUAGUAUACUACAUACUACUAGUAGUAAUCGUGAGGGCCCGCACCGACAAAAAAACAAAUUUGUCCUCUUCCUUCCCGCAGAGUACCUUUUUUUUUCCCUCUCAGUUUCUCCUCGGAUGCAUGGAAGUCCCAAACAACACACAACAAUAUAACAUGGACUCAGAGCUACAACAAGUGCGGAAAUCCUGGGAGCGUAUCCGAGCCGCUAGUCCCAUAUAUGCGUUUCUUCUUAAUGAUAUCGAAAUCUACGACGCCGAAAAAGGCGUGUUUCACUCCCGGAUUCAAGUUGCUUCUCACCACCUUAAUUCAAAGGGUACUUUGCAUGGUGUUUUCUCGGCCUGUGUCACUGACUGGGCAGGCGGAUUGGCAAUCGCUUCCUGUGGCCUCGACUCUACGGGAGUGAGCACAGAUAUUCAUGUCAAUUACCUUUCUACGGCGACCACUGGGGACUGGCUGGAGAUUGAGGGUCGGGCUAAUAAAGUGGGGAAGUCACUCGCUUUCACAUCAAUUACUAUUUCUAAAAGGGCCGAGACUGGGCAGACAACAAUUGUUGCACAUGGAACCCAUACAAAAUAUAUUAAAACACGAUGAACUCCCCGUUGUGGGGAUGCGCCGGGUCAUACAAACAUCGCAGGCUUGAAGAUCCACAAGGGCCAGGUAGCCUCAAAGAAAGAAAAUAGGGAAACAAAAACUCCAUAUGUCCUUGAUUGAUAUUAAUAGUACCGCCAUUAUCUCUACAUCUGGCAUGAAACAUGUGUACUUUGAAUUCUUGGAUUCACUCGGAUGACAGA